UCGGCUUGACCGCAGAGCAGUUUGCACGUCUGUCAAGCCAGCUUUUUCACCCGCCUCUUAUCACCUUGAAUAACAAAGUGGAGAUGAGCCAAUCGGGAAGGGUUUGGAUAGAGAAUCGUCUUUCUCUCUCAUGAAUUCUGUCUCUGCAAAACUUUUAAACUUUUUCCCGUCAAUGCUGGAUUCCGAGGAAUCAUUAUCUUUCGAGUAUCCCGGGAUGGACAGCUUUCUGCACAUGUCAACGCCUAUGAUUAAUGUCUCGCUUUCCGAAAUGGAUCACUACGAGACAGACCUCAAUUCGUCUCUUUCCGACCAGGAUAAUAACGGGACAGAUACCAAUAAGUUUGUCCAACCCGACUGGCAAGUUGCCCUGUGGGCGAUCGCCUAUGCCGCUAUUGUGAUUGUAUCCGUGAUUGGUAACCUGACGGUGAUUUGGAUUAUUCUGGCUCACAGGAGGAUGAGGACGGUCACCAAUUACUUCAUUGUCAAUUUGGCAUUCUCAGACGCGUCUAUGUCCGCGUUCAAUACUGUCUUCAAUUUUGUCUAUGCCAUCCACAAUGACUGGUACUUCGGGCUGGGCUUCUGCAGAUUCCAAAACUUCUUUCCGAUCACUGCCAUCUUCGCGAGUAUUUACUCCAUGACGGCUAUCUCAGUGGACAGAUACAUGGCAAUUAUUCAUCCGUUAAAACCAAGACUGUCUUCAUUUUCCACAAAAGUCGUCAUCGGGACAAUCUGGCUUGUGGCUUUCAGUCUGGCCUUCCCUCAGUUCUUCUACUCCAAAACUGUUUAUUUCCACCCGAGGACAAUCUGUAUGGUGGACUGGCCGGAGGCCGAUGGUGGCAAACACAGAUUGAUAUAUCACAUCACUCUGAUUGUCUUAAAUUACCUGCUGCCCCUGAUGGUCAUGCUGGUGACAUACAGCAUUGUGGGAGUGACGCUAUGGGGCAGCGAAAUCCCUGGGGACUCGUCUGAACACUACCAAAACCAGAUGCAAGCCAAGCGGAAGGUUGUUAAGAUGAUGAUCAUUGUCGUUGUGACGUUUGCCAUGUGCUGGCUGCCCUACAACCUCUACUUCAUCCUGGGAAGCUUCACUGAAGAGAUCUACAAGCAGACAUACAUCCAGCAAGUCUACCUGGCUGUCUUCUGGCUGGCCAUGAGCUCCACCAUGUACAACCCCAUCAUCUACUGCUGCCUCAACCAGAGAUUCCGUGCCGGAUUCCGACGGGCUUUCCGUUGGCUGCCUUUCGUGAUGGUGACUGAGGACGAUGAGGUACAGCUGCAGCACUCCAGGACUUUCCGGAUGACCCGCAGCUACCGGACUGAGACCACCACCACUGUAGUCCACCAGAACUCGAUUGACCAAGAAGAUAAAGAAACCACGGCCAAACUUAUUAAAGUCAUGUGAGGGUUUGCUUGCCGUUGAGUGGAUGGAGACACCCAGUCAGGCCUGGUGUGGCUCAGGGGCCGCAGAUGGACGUCUUUCUCAUAAAUGGUGCACACCUUUGCCUCCUCUGAGGUGAAUUUGUAUCUUCUUCUGUAGUGCUGGGGUGUAAGACGGGCUUAGCCUCUUGUACUUUGUGUUAUUUUUUCUUUUGUAUUUUAUUUUCUGAAGCCGAGGUGGACUCUAACCACAGUGGCCGCAAGUAAGCAGAGGAAGGAGAGUGCAAAUUGCUGGACAUUUUUUUACAAGACAGUUGCCUCCAGCCUCAUGCUGCUUGUGCGCCAACCCAGGGUAUGAUUUAGGAUAACAUCCCAGUGGCAGCUGGGCAAGCUCAGCCAGCGUGAGCCCCACACUCACAUUCAGGUCUCCCCCACUUCCGCCACCCCCCCAUGUCUUAGCAUCAGGAUUUAUUCUUUACACAAGAGCCAGGGACCCCCAGAAAAUCCCCAACCAAACUGGGUGGCCACACUCCCUCAAGCAUAUUCAUCAUUAUGGCAUUGCUGACCCCGCCACAGAUACAAGCUGUGCAUCAUCAAUAUGAUCCUAACUUCCCAGUUACAUGAUAGCCCUUAAGACGAGUAGGCCGGCCAUUUUGAACGACCAUUUUGAACGACUGAGAUUACUUGUUUGAUAGAUAGCCGGACAGACAUAUAACACUUCACCCUUCCCAGACGAUUUUGCUUUACGUCACCACUUUCGGUGGUGUAUGUGAGACGGACAGCAGGUCAACCCAAAAUCACUCACAGACUCCUUUGUGCGAUACUAAUAGAUUAAAUAAUAAAGAUUACACCGCUGGUUUCAAACUCCGGUCCUGGAGGGCCACAGUGGCUGCAGGUUUUCAUUCCAACCCUUUUCUUAAUUAGUGACCUGUUU